AUGGAGGACUUUCUGCUCUCCAAUGGGUACCAGCUGGGCAAGACCAUUGGGGAAGGGACCUACUCAAAAGUCAGAGAAGCAUUUUCCAAAAAACACCAAAGAAAAGUGGCAAUUAAAAUUAUAGACAAGAUGGGAGGGCCAGAAGAGUUUAUCCAGAGAUUCCUGCCUCGGGAGCUCCAGAUCGUCCGCACCUUGGACCACAAGAACAUCAUCCGGGUGUACGAGUUGCUGGAGUCUGCCGACGGGAAAAUCUACCUGGUGAUGGAACUGGCUGAGGGAGGGGAUGUCUUUGACUGUGUGCUGAAUGGGGGGCCGCUGCCUGAGAGCAGGGCCAAGGCCCUCUUCCGUCAGAUGGUCGAGGCCAUCCGCUACUGCCAUGGAUGUGGCGUGGCCCACCGGGACCUCAAGUGCGAGAACGCCUUGCUGCAGGGCUUCAACCUGAAGCUCACGGACUUUGGCUUUGCCAAAGUGUUGCCCAAGUCCCGCCGGGAGCUGAGCCAGACCUUCUGCGGUAGCACCGCCUACGCCGCCCCGGAGGUACUGCAGGGCAUUCCCCACGACAGCAAGAAGGGCGACGUGUGGAGCAUGGGCGUGGUCCUGUACGUCAUGCUCUGCGCCAGCCUACCUUUUGACGACACAGACAUCCCCAAGAUGCUGUGGCAGCAGCAGAAGGGGGUGUCCUUCCCCACCCACCUGGGCAUCUCGGCCGAAUGCCAGGACCUGCUCAAGCGGCUCCUGGAACCAGACAUGAUCCUCCGGCCUUCAAUCGAGGAAGUUAGUUGGCAUCCGUGGCUAGCAAGCACUUGA